AUGGCGGCCUCGCGGCCGUCCAUCGAUCUCGACGAGGACAUCGCGGCCCUCCUUGAGCGGGCGCGCGUCUCUGCGCCUGUUUCCGGCAAGGUGGUCCCGCUGCUGCUGGCCCUAGAUGUCGGCAACGUCGCGGCGCUGCUCGAGGCGGUCGCCGAGGACGGCCUCGAGGGGCUCGGCCUCGGCAAGACCGUGCAACGUCAGCUGUGCCGCUGCCUGCCGGCCCUGAACAGCUGCGACGCGGCUGAGGCAGCUUUGUCAUCCUUUGCCUCCCUGUCUCUGGCCGCAGAAGGUGGAACCGGAGGCGGCGCCCCGGGGGCCUAUAUGGACCCCGUGGCGCCCGCGCUGCCGGCGAGCGGCGAUGGGACGAUCGCCGCCGCGGGGGGGGAGGAGGAGGUCGAGGGCGUUGCUGCCGCCGCCGAGGCGGGCCGCCGCGCUCCGGAGACCCUAGUUGUCGCCGCUUCGGAUUCUACUUACAGCGGCGCGGACGCGGAGGAGGCGGUGGCAGGAGGGGGCUCUGGGGCGGCGGAGGCGAGCGCGGCGGCCACGGCCGAGGAGGACAAGCGCGUCCGGGCGCUGAGGAUGGCCCUGCAGCACAAGACGCAGAUGCCCGUGACGGACGAGGAGGCCCGGGCUAUCCUCCAGGCGCGAGGGGGUCGCGAGACGCCCGUGACGGAGGAGGAGGCGCGGGGCGGCGAGAAGCUAUCGCGGCGUGGGAAGAAGGCGGUGGCGAAGGAGGCGGGCGAGGUGGUAUCACGCGAGGAAGGCGAGGCGAUUUAUCGCGCGACGCUCGAGUCGCUGUUGGCGUCCACCGGGUGGACGCCGCGCGCCGCGGAGGAGAGGGCGCGCGAGGAGCAGCGUGCGCAUUACGAAGGCGACGACGCUUUCGACGCGCUCUUCGACGGGGGCUCGGGGUACGGGUGGGAUUCCCCCUCGGGGGGCGGCGCUUUCUUCUAG